AUGGUUGAGGGCGUUCUCGCCAAAAUUGUCAAUAGUGGAAGUCUCAGCAGCGCUGCCGAGUAUCUCGAAGAACUGGCGGCGCUGAUUCUCUGCAGAAGGUGGCAUCAAGAUCAGAUUGCGAAGAAAGUCUCCGAGUGGAGGGAGCGUCUAUGUGAUUUUCUGGGACUUGGGGAUCCGGACGCCGAGGAGAAGCAAACCGCGACUGCGGCCGUCAAGAAGCUGCCGUCACCUAGAAGUCGAAUAUCGCCACCCACAGAUGUCACAACAACACCGUGCGUUCCCCUCAAAUUUGAAAAGAGAUUUGGGGAGAAGUCCAGGGAACUUCACAGGCCUCGGGUUGUGGUCAAGGAAGAAAUCAAGAAAGAGGAUAUACCAACGUCAACAAUACCAAUCUUCAACCCCACCACUCGUGUAACAAGAAGUUCUGCGCCUAAAUGGAAAAGCGACACCGUCCUCCAUGGUUUCAACAGAUAUGCCCGCCCUAAAAAAGUAGACAGUAUCAACAGAAUGGUCAAAGAGUACCUUGACGCGCCAUUCAAGCCAAGUGAGAUGGAAAAGAGUAAGACGAAGACUGGCUUUAUAUACGGCUUUCGGCUUCCCAAAAACCACAAACUUUUGGACGGCGGUGACUGCAACAUGGUGAAAAUCGGGUUCAGCAAAGAUCCCCGUGAGCGCAUGCAAGCUUGGCAAAGACAGUGUGGCUACGAGCCCGAUGUGUUAUUUAACAAGGAAACGCCGCACCACGUUAAGAUGGAGAAGAUUAUUCACCGCCACCUGGGCAACGAGAGGAUGCAGGAGCAGGUGUGUCCUCAAUGUUCACGGAUGCACCAGGAAUUCUUUGAGAUUGGGGCCGACAGGGCGCAGGCUGUUGUUGAGAUGUGGACAGAAUGGGCGAAGCGGCGGCCGUUUGACGAGAACGGGAGGCUUACGGAGUAUUGGCACUGGAGACUGAAGACGGUUGACCUCGCUGACCCUCACUGCUGGGAGGACUUCGUCAACGACAAGGUCAAAGUGCACAAUAAGGCCAAGGUCAAAGAUGAGAUCAAGGAAGAGGAUGUUUCUUUGGAUUCAUUGCUCAAACAACUGACGGAACUUAGGAAGUUGAUUGAGAAGUGUGGUGUAGUAGAGACCCCGGCGUAA